AUGUUAAAUCCCAAUGGCCGCCGUGGCCUAUGGGUCUGUACACGAUGCAUUCGCCAGGCGGUCCAGCCUCCCAAGCGUCGAUGGCAAUCCAUUUCCUCGGCUGCAUCCCUGCCAAAUACUAGCUUCACGGACCGGCCAGUGCUGCACGGGUCGAGCCCACGCCACGACGAUACUGUUCUGCGCAAUCUUUUUGAUGCGCCCUCGGGGCGAUCUUUCCCCGACUUCGGUCUGAAGAGUAGCAAAGGCCUGUUUAAAAACCGAUAUUUGAAGAGUCCCGAAGGUUUCCUUGUCUUUGCACAGAAAAAUCUGGACAAGGCUACAAGAAUUGUUCGUCGGGUCUUGAAAGCAUCAACCGUUCGCGAGUAUCAAGCUAUUGUCAGGGACUUGGAUCGCCUCAGCGAUUUACUAUGCAGAGUCCUAGACUUAUCCGAUUUUGUUCGCAUGACGCACCCAGAUGUUGGGUUUCAAGAGGCGGCAACUGACGCAUGGUCCAUGGUUUAUCAAUAUAUGAAUCAGCUUAAUACUAUGACCGGCCUGAACGACCAGCUGUCAGCAGCCCUCGCACAACCAGAGGUUACAUCGUCCUGGUCUGAAGAAGAGAAGUCAGUUGCAGAACUACUGAGGCUUGAUUUUAUGAAAUCAGCUGUAAAUCUCCCUAAAAAAUCGCGAGAUAGGUUUGUCGAUCUCUCAUCGCGCAUCAGCGAAACAGGUUCUGCGUUUGUUCAGGGCAUGGAGCCUGAGCGGAAGGAGGUGACCCUUCCGUCUCACCGUUUCUAUGGUCUGUACCCCAGCCUUGCUGCAGCUCUCAAAGUUCGGUCUCAAAUAACAGUUCCGACCAUGGGCUCCGAAGCAGCAGCCGCGUUGCAAAGCGUUUAUGACGAAGAUACUCGAAAGGAGCUCUACCUAGCACAGCGCAGGGCUUCAAAGCAGACCAUUAUGUGGUUGGAGACCAUGCUUAAACUGAGGGCUGAACUUUCAAGCUUAGCAGGGUUCCAGAGCCACGGGCAUAUGGCUUUGAAGGAUCGCAUGAUGGCCAAGACCCCUGCCUCUGUCAUGCAAUUUCUCUUGGCUCUACGAAAUCAUAACAAGCCAAUCAUUGAAAGUGAGCUGCAAGAGCUCACCCAGAAAAAAAGAGAAAGACUCUCUGCCCCAGAAGUCCUACUUCAGCCAUGGGACCGAGACUUUUACAUGGAGAAAAUUCGAACGGAUAUGAGAACUCGAGUUAGACACGAUGACCAACUGCCUGCGUAUUUUUCCGUUGGUACUGUCAUGCAAGGGCUGUCACACUUAUUUGAUCGCCUGUAUGGGAUUCGCUUCGUUCCUCGGGAGAGCUUACCGGGAGAAACUUGGCAUCCUGAUGUCAAGCGGCUCGACGUUGUAGCUGACUCCGGAGAGCAAGUUGCAGUUCUGUACUGCGACCUCUUCUAUAGACCACAGAAGUUUCCUAACCCAGCUCACUUCACAGUUCGUUGUUCGCGAGAGAUACUUCCUUACGAAAUUGAAGAGGCGAGUGCCGAAAUGGCAUCGGGAGACUGUCCACAAUUUGAUUCCCCUGAGCAGGCUGCCAACGAUGGAAUGGAAACUUCUACCCGCGAUGGCGUCACAAGCCAGCUUCCAACCAUUGCACUCGUAUGCGAUUUCCCCAAGAGUGAGAAUUCUAGGGAACCCGCGUUCUUGUCAUUCCACUCUGUUGAAACGCUCUUCCACGAGAUGGGGCAUGCCAUCCACUCAGUCUUGGCCCGGACAUCAUUUCAAAAUGUGUCUGGAACCCGAUGUGCGACAGAUUUUGCCGAGCUUCCAUCAACACUAAUGGAACACUUCGCCGCUGAUCCGACCGUCCUCUCUCUCUUCGCUCGCCAUUGGAAAACAGACAAGCCACUCCCAUAUGAGCUAGUUGCAGAACGUAUUCGCCUUUCAAAGCGUUUCGAGGGUAUCGAUACAGAGCACCAGAUUCUUCUCGCUAUGGUAGAUCAAGCGUACCACUCGCCAGAGGUCGCGUCUGCUUCGUUUGACUCGACCCGCGUUUUCCAUGAUAUCCAAAGCCGUUUUGCCCACGGCCCCAAAGAACCCAAGGAAAGUUGCUGGCAGGGUUUCUUUGGCCACCUUCACUCAUACGGCAGUACCUACUACAGCUAUCUCUUCGAUCGCGUCCUCGCAGAGCGUGUCUGGCACGUCGUGUUUAAAGCUGGGGAAAACGGCGGCGCUAUCAGUCGUGAGAAUGGAGAGCGCCUCAAAGAGAACCUCCUCAAGUGGGGUGGCGGGCGUGAUCCUUGGACAUGUCUGGCCGAAACCCUCGGGGAUGAUAGAUUAGCCCCUGGCGAUGAGAACUCAAUGGCCCUCAUAGGUAGCUGGGGAAUUAAAGACAACACACGCCACUCAAGACUUCGUGGUUAG